UAAACACGCUUCAGCCCGGGCGCAGCUUUCGGUGCACAAUUCCGACUCUUUUGACGCAUCGCACGAAACGCGCAGAGACUUGAUUUCAAUUACCUUCACCCGAUAAAUUAAUCCGUGUGAAAUUAUGUCCCGAUCGGCGCAGAUCCAGCCGGCAAGAUGAUGAUUUUACCAAGGAGAGGCUCAGAUCGUGUACCCGACUCGGUGGUCCUGGUGAUCCUCGCGGUUGCCGCUUCUCUUGGUACCGUUUUCGCCAAGGAUACUGCCUUUGUGGAAGUGGUUCUGUUCGAGUCCAGUCCCAAUGGAGAUUAUACUACUUACACGACUGGCUUGCAAGGACGGUUUUCCAAAGCAGGAGCCACUAUCAGCGCGGAGGGGGAGAUCGUUCAAAUGCAUCCUUUGGGACUAUGUAACAACAAUGAUGAGGAGGACCUGUAUGAGUACGGCUGGGUUGGCGUGGUGAAGCUGGAGCAACCAGAGCUGGACCCCAGUUGUCUCACUGUGCUGGGAAAGGCUAAGAGAGCAGUGCAGCGAGGAGCUACGGCUGUCAUCUUUGAUGUGUCAGAGAAUCCAGACGCCAUCGAUCAGCUCAACCAAGUUGCUGAAGAUCCUCUGAAGCGGCCAGUGGUUUACGUGAAGGGCAAUGACGCUGUUAAAUUGAUGAACAUCGUCAACAAGCAGAAAGUUGCUCGUGCUCGGAUACAACACAGACCACCGAGGCAGCCCACAGAAUAUUUCGACAUGGGCAUCUUCCUGGCGUUCUUUGUGGUCGUGUCACUGGUCUGCCUCAUUCUCCUCAUCAAGAUCAAGCUCAAGCAAAGGAGAAGUCAGAGCUCCAUGAACAGAAUGGCCAGCCAAGCCCUGGAGAAGAUGGAGACAAGGAAGUUCAAGGCCAAAGGAAAGGGCCAGCGUGAGAGCAGCUGUGGAGCCUCGGACUCCCUGAGCAGCAGCUCCACCUCCGACUGCGCCAUCUGUCUGGAGAAGUACAUUGACGGGGAGGAGCUGCGGGUCAUACCCUGUGCUCACAGGUUUCAUAAGAAGUGUGUUGACCCCUGGCUGCUCCAGCAUCACACCUGCCCCCACUGUAGACACAACAUCAUUGAGCAAAAGAAGGGAAAUACAGGACCAGCAUGCAUGGACCCUGGCAACCCAGUCCACAGCCGGCAGCGAGUGGUGCUCCCAGUCCACUACCCCGGCAGGGUGCACCGUGCAGGCCAGGUGACAGCCUACCCGACCAGAACCAGCAUGGACCCCCAUGGUAACCCCAUCACUGUGCUCACUGUGGACCAGCACCCAGACCCUCAGGGUCUGUACCCACCCCAAUCAACAUCUGCCUUUCUCAGGAGCUACCACCCCACCCUCCACCUGGACCACUCACUUAACCCCCAUCAUUGCGGCCUGGAGCACCGCGGACCCCCAGCGUACCCCUCACAGCCACAUCAUGCUGCUUUUAAACGACCAAAGUUCCAUGGUCGUAACUUUUCCCGCGCAGCCUGCUUCUCGCAGUAUGAGACUAUGUACCAGCACUACUAUUUUCAAGGCUUGACCUUCCCUCAGCAGCCUGAGGGGGGGCAGGGGCCUGCUAUGGCUGGACAGCUUAGUGGAGGAGCAGGGGUCCACAAGGGCCACCACAGCAGGGCCUUUCAGCAGGGGCUGUUAUACCCCACUGUGGUACACAUGGCUCCUGCCUCUUCUUCAAGGAUAGGUGAUACCGGUAGCACUUCUGGCCUGAGCUGUUACCAUGGCCACCGCUCAGUGUGCAGUGGUUACCUUGCCGACUGUCCAGGUAGUGACAGCAGCAGCAGCAGCUCAGGCCAGUGCCACUGUUCCUCCAGUGACUCCAUGUUGGACUGUACAGAAGUCAGCAACCAGGGGGUCUAUGGGAGCUGCUCCACCUUUCGUAGCUCGUUGAGCAGCGACUACGACCCAUAUGUCUACAGGAGUAAGAGUCCGUGUAGGGGCUCCACGGGUGAGGCAGGGGCUGCAGCUUGCACCACAGUUCCUGCUGAGGACUCAUCCUCCUUAGCUCCCUUGGGUCACGAUUGCCUCCAGCUCCCUCCAGGAGCUUCAGGAUAUAAUACGGGGGACCACCUUUCCAACUGCAGCUUGGAGCCCAACUACAGCAGUCGCUCAUCACUGGAACCCAGGGAGAACAGCAACACUAGCACUACCUCAGCCGGGGCUCCAGAAGCUACUGGGGCGGACAGGGGGAAGGGGACACAGGAGGAGUCAGGAGAGCUUGGGGCUGCAGCCUGUAGCUGCUGCUUUGAGGUGCUUCCUCCUAAUGUGGAGUGCAAAGGGCAGGACUCGGACCAAGCUGGGCCUCUGGCCACAGGACGUUUUCACAGGGGGGUGGACUUUCAGAGCUCCACCUCAAAAAACUACUUUGCUCCUGAGCAUUUGUGUCCUUCCUCUGAGCAGGUGAGCUACGAAGGGCUGCCCUGCUGCUUCUACAAAGAGAUGAAGGUCCACAGGGCUGCAGCGGGACGUUUCACAGAGGACUAUGCUGUUAACGUGCAGUAUGCAGACUCAGAGGCCUGCUCUGGACAGGGCUGCUGUGAACUCAACCAGAGAAUACCCAUAAUUCCUGAGGACACAGACUGUGAAUUGGGCACAGGGGCAGAGACCCAAAGCAGCUCAUUGGCUAUUAGUGUCACAGUAAAAACUGAGUCACGGACAGGGGAACGGCAUGAGCCCAGGGAGGGGUACUUCACCUCAGGACAGUUUAGAGGUCAGAUAUACCCUCAGGAGGAGGAAACACGUGCUUUGUUUCACCCACAGCUCUCUGCAAGCCCGACUGCUUUGGGAAGCAGUUCUACAACAAACGAGGGAGGUCUGGGUGUGUGAACUUAGACCCAGAUAGAAGGGACUCAGUCAGAAGGAUGUGUUUGGUACCAUAUCAGUCAGUCAAUCAUGAAACCCUCAGCUGCCUUGCUCUAACUUUGCUCUCUGAGCACUGAAUGUUAUCACCAUAGAUUGUGUGGAUUUCUGCUGAAAUGGCCUGUCAUACAGUUUAUCAUGUUCAUUCCUGUGGCCACAAACAUCCCAGCACCAAACAAGAUCACAAUAUUACUGUUAAAGAAAGCCCAUUUACACCUGGUAUGUCAAGCUGAUGUGUGUUAACCUCUAACCUUGAUUAGGCGAAGUUAUAUUAAUGCAUUGUGUUCAUGCAUCCUAGUCAGAAAGUUUUCAGAUCUACCUUAACCCAUCUAGAAGUUCUGUCUCACAUUGUUUUUGGUUUGAAUAUAGGUGUAAACACAAGUUUGCCUCCAUACCUGCUUUCUGAUUUUACUUAGACCCCUAAACCUAUGAUUAUUUUUUCUCUGGAAGACAGAGAUCAUUAUUUAAAAAAUAACAUUUUAAAUGCAAGUGGAAACUUAAUGCAGUCAUUUGCAUUUACUAACCAGGUGUAAACAGGGUAAAGUAUGGAUAGAGGUUGUCAUCUAAAACUGGAAAUUGAUUGGUGUUGACAUCUAUUUGCAGACUUCCUGCAGCUAUCAAGGUUUAAGCAGCAAGUUGAGCCUAUUUGUUGUGAAGAUCAAGAUAUCAAGACUCCAACAUCCAACAUAUUUCUCUCCAAAAAUACAUGUAAAUCACAGGUAUCUACACAUAUUCAUGCGCACAUGUACUCUGACUGCCCUCAAAGCUUCAACCACCAACUCAGAUAGGGUGUAUGGACAUAGUUAUACCAAAACAGAAAGACAUGAUUGUUUUGUUUUUUCUAAAAAAGCAGGGAAAUGGGUCUCAAAGUGUCUGUGACCCACACAUUUCUCUGAGAAGAAGCUAUAUAUUUCAGAAAAAAGUGCAUAGAAAUGUGAAUGCAAGGCUGACACUGGUCUUUAUUCAAUAUAAUACUGAAUUUGUUUUAUGCAUUGCAUUUCUAUCCAGUAGUGGCCUACCUGUAUGAGACGUGCCAGAGCAACAUCAAAGCCUUAUGAUGGUUAAGCUAUUUGUAGCAAUAUGUAAAGAUGCUGCACUGCUAUUGGUCUAACGCAGACUAAAAGGUGACAGCAUCUCUGGGUCAGUAGAUUUCUUCAUAAGUAGAGUGAAGCACUCUACCUCUUGUUUGGAAGCCCUUAAGUGUUUUUCAUGCUGCCACUUAUCCAUUUUCCCUCAAUGAGGCGUUCUCUAUUAAGUAUCUAUAAAGGUUCUAGCAUAUAUCAAAGGCCAAAGGAAAGUAGCUGGAAAUACUCAUUUUUUCACAAGGGUUCCUUUUUUGUACUGUGACUUUUGUUUUUGUUUUUUUUUUUAUAAAUGAUGCAGUUAUACAUACCACAGUGUAUCCGUUUGAAUCAUAUCGUGCCAUGCAUAACACAUACUUGCGAUAUCAAUGCUUGUCAUUCAUGCCUUUCUGUUUGUCCUGCAGACUGUUUUUAUACUGUUUCUAUGAAAUAUACACAUUCUCUACACAGAGGAACACCUUCUGAAAUAACCCUAUUUAUAAGUUAACCCAGUGCUGUAAUCAAGUGAGAAUCUAAUCUUGCCUUUUGCAUAGAGAUAUGUACCUACUGCAAAUAUAACAUUUUGGGGUACUUGAGUCACUAUUUAAUUUUUGUUAUUUGUUUCUAGCACUUAAGAAGAUUAAAAUGUGUACAAAAAUUAAUAUUUUUUAAUUUUUAAGAAUAUUAUUAUUUUCUGUCAUUACCAUUACAAAUGUUUAAAAAAGGCUAGAAAUCAAUCUGUAUAUUUCUGUACCUGUAUAGCAAACACAUUUCAUAAAUGGAAAUAUGUUCUCUGAAUAUUUAUUUACUAAUAUAUUUAUCUUUAAGCCAUGUCUUAUGUUCAGAGUGUAUGAACGUUUGAGUUCGUUUGGUUGCUUUUUAUUUUUGAGAAAAAAAAUCACUAACAUGAGACUUUGUAUAUACAUGGUAAUUGCACACAAGACGAUUAAAUCUUCUCUGACCAAAAAA